UUUUUUCCCACAGAUACAGAACAGAUUUGAUAAAUUCUCGCCAAUUAUCAGUAAAACCGAUAUUCGAAGGUGGCGCUACGAAAAUCACAGAACAGGAACCUUUUAUUCCAUUCGUUUAGAAAGGAAUUAAGAAAUGGCAAUGAGUAGUAGAAGACGUUCUUCGAAGAGAAGUUUAAAUAGAAUGCUGUUAGAACUAACCGAACACGAAAAAAGGGAUCUGAAGACGGCAUUUGAUAUGCUUGAUAACGAAGGAUCGGGAAUUAUUGGUAGAGAGGACUUAAAAGUUGUUUUUAGGGCAUUAGGUUUCUACCCCAAAAAUGAUGAAAUCAGCACUAUGAUUAAUGACGUCAAUAGAGAUGGGUCAGGUACGAUUUCGUUUAAAGAGUUCCUGACUAUUAUGGCUAACAAAAUAACUUCAACAAGUAGUGAUGAAGAAUUAAAAAAAAUGUUUCCAUUAUUCGACUUCGAUAAAACAAAACAAAUAUCCUUAAACAAUCUUCGAUAUGUAAGAGAUGUUUUAGGAAAGGAUGUUAGUGACGAGGAAUUAAAGGAAAUGAUAACAGCAGUAGACGCAAACAAAGAUGGAUUAGUGACAGAAGAAGAGUUUUUUUCUUUGAUGAAAAGCACUGGUAUAGAGCUAUUAAAAUAAACAUUUAUUCAUAAUCCAAAACUACGAUUGCAAGAAAAUCAUUUAUGAUAAUUAA